AGACAGUCAGGCGGUCCGCUCCGCGUCCGUAUCGCGCACGCACGUCGCAGCUGGUCGCAAUCAGGGAGAGCCGAAGGUGGCAGGACUGUGUACUGUGUCAGUGGCGACGGUGGCGACUGUUCGCUCGCGCACGACUUCCCUCUUCUCCCCGUCCGAGCGAGUCGUCUCGUGCGUGUGUGUGAGUGCGUGUUUUGUUGCCGCUGCGAUGCGUUCGUUAAAUAUCGAGUGGCCGUCGUCGUCGUCGUCGUCGUCGCCGCCGCCGCCGUCGUCGUCGUCGUCGUCGUCGUCGUCGCCGUCGCCGUCGUCGUCGUCGUCGUCGUCGUCCUCGUCGCGCUGUGCGUGAAGAAAGCAAGCGGCAGCAAGGGGGCCCUUGUCAGCUGUUCGCGAGCGAGCACGGGCCUUGUCAUCGGCGCGGAACGCCGCGGAGGCAGUCAGGGGAAAGCGAGCAGGCGAGCGAGCGAGCGUGAGGCGCGUCGCUCGUGAAGUUAGUUACGGAAGUCAGUCUACGAGGGGCGGACUGAAUUGGUGCGGUACGGUGUCGACGUGCGUGCGUGCGUGCGUUCGUUCGUUCGCGCGGCUUGCGUCGGUUGACACAGGGUCGUGGCGGUGUCCGCGUGCGAGGCGCGAUCCCCCCGACACGGGAAAAUAAUGGCGUAGACCUCAGGCCGCGCUCCGGAAACACGAGAGAGAGAGAGAAAGAGAGAGCGAGCUAGCACGGGAGGUGAAUCAAGGGAGAGGAGGAGAAGAAGAGAGAAAGAGAGUGAGCGAGCGAGCGGCAACGAGGGAAGAAGAGAGUGAGAGAGAAAGGGAGAGAGAGAGAGAGAGAGAGAGAAGGAGACGCUCGUCGCGUUCAUAUUCGUCCGUGUCGCGGCGGUGGCCGUGUCGAGAGCGCAGCCGAUCGCUCGCGUCUCGUCCGCUGUAGCAGCGCGCGUCCUCGCCGUCGCCCACGUAGAUUAUUGCCGCGAGCGAGCGAAGCGAAGCGGAGCGGAGCGGAGUAACCCGUUGUCGUCGUGGUGAUCGGAACGAGUCGGUGGUGUGUGCAGUGCUGCUGGAGAGCGAGAAGGAAAACGAGUGUGCGGAAAGAGAGAGAGAGAGAGAGAUAGAGAUAGAGAAGGCAGUGCCGAAUCGUUUUUCCCUCGUCGCGGUCAACCCUGUUGCUGGCGACCGCUUCGCGCCGCGAGUCGGGCUUUUGUUUUGUUUGUGCUCCUGUCCUUCGCGCGCGCUAGAGGAAACGGCGGAGCGAGACCGACGCCAGGUAUCCAGCGCGGCGCGUGUCCCGACUGCAGCGGGGAAUAUUGUAUUACGAUGAUCAGUGACACGUGCGGAUACGUUUCCUUCCUGCUGCUGCUGCUGCUGGUCCCGUACAUCGAGAGCGCUCGUCGAUUGAACGAGUACAUCCGUCACUACGAAACGCUGUCAUAUCCCGUCGAGGAGGUCCACCGAAGUCAUCUGAGGGCGAAGAGGUCGAUCAAUCGCGACAGUACUGUGACGUUAAAGUUUCGCGCGCACGGCAAGGACUUCCACAUUCGAUUAAAACGGGACUUGACCACCUUUAGCAACAACUUAAUUAUUGAAGGAUCAACGGGGGAGAGACAGUACGACUCCGACGUCUCUCACGUUUAUCAGGGCAACUUAGUUGGCGAACCUGGUAGCCACGUGUUUGGAAGUGUCAGUGAUGGAGUCUUCCACGGGAAGAUAGUAUCACCGAAAAGUGGUGCGUGGUACGUGGAAAGGGCGCAUUACUACUUUCCGUCGCAUGAGAUAAACGAGACGCUGCAUUCUGUGAUCUAUCACGAAAAUGACGUCGGUGAUCCGUACGUGGACGUUCGACAAGGUGAUGGCGGUGGAUGUGGCAUUACUAACCGGGAUGUGAUAGAUUGGAUGGAGAGUGUGCAGAAUUCCGCCCUACCGGAUGAAUCGCCUAAGAUAGUCCCGUCGGCGAACCAGAAGGAGCCGAAACCAAAUGUCGCACCCUGGAACGGUGAUCCCCAGGAGGCUCCCGGUCACAAGUACACUAGAGAAGCUAAUGAACCUAGUCAUCGCAGGCCACGAAGAGCGACCAGGUCGAAAGAAAACAACACCUGUUCGCUCUUUAUACAAACGGAUCCUCUUAUAUGGAGGCACAUCUCCGAACAGCUACAUCACGACGCGGAGAAAACCAGAGAGGAAAUAUUGUCCUUGAUCGCGCACCACGUCACCGCCGUGAAUUACAUCUAUAGGGACACGAAAUUCGAUGGCAGGACUGAGCAUAGAAACAUCAAGUUCGAGGUUCAACGAAUAAAGAUCGAUGACGAGACGGCAUGCACACCUCAACAACCGUACAGCGAACCGAACCCCUUCUGUUUGGAGAACAUCGACGUUAGCAACUUCUUGAAUCUCCAUUCUCUCUCGAAUCACGAGGACUUCUGCCUCGCCUAUGUUUUCACUUACAGAGACUUCACUGGUGGUACUCUCGGGCUCGCCUGGGUCGCUUCCGCGUCUGGUGCGUCCGGUGGUAUUUGCGAAAAAUUUAAAACUUAUACCGAGACCGUGUCCGGCCUGUAUCAAUCUACUAAGAGAUCCCUGAAUACCGGUAUCAUAACUUUCGUGAAUUACAACAGCCGUGUGCCGCCUAAAGUGUCACAGCUGACUCUGGCGCAUGAAAUAGGUCAUAACUUUGGAUCACCGCACGAUUUUCCACCGGAAUGCAGACCGGGAGGCUUGGACGGUAAUUACAUUAUGUUCGCCUCGGCGACGAGCGGAAAUCGACCGAACAACAGCAAGUUUUCAAAGUGCAGCAUUGGCAAUAUCAGCAACGUCCUAGAUGCUAUCGAGGAUAAUAAGAAGAGGAACUGUUUCACUGGAGCGUUUUGCGGGAAUAAAAUUGUCGAAGCUGGCGAGGAGUGUGACUGUGGAUACGAUGAUAACGAGUGCGUGGACAAGUGCUGCUAUCCUAGACAGGUGUCUGAGUUGGAUAAGAUCAAGAAUGACACGGCGAAAGGUUGCCAUAGGAAAUACGGGACACAAUGCAGUCCUAGUCAAGGACCCUGCUGUUCGAGUGAAACGUGCCAGUUUGUACCCCUCUCUCAUCGAGUCCAGUGCAGGGCCGAAUCGGACUGUAGUUACAAUUCUACAUGCAAUGGAAAGUCCUCCGAAUGCCCAGCGCCGUUACCGAAAGCCAACAAGACUAGAUGCAAUGAGGGCACUCAAUUGUGCAUCAACGGGGAGUGCACGGGAUCUAUUUGUCUGGAGUGGAAUCUGACAGAGUGCUUUUUAACGAGCAGCAUCAUACCGAACAUCGACAAGCGAAAGCUCUGCGAAUUAGCCUGUCAAAAUGGGACUGAUACAUCAACGUGUCGUGGGACGAGCGAAUUUGCACACAUGGUGGGAUUACCCGAGGGUGGAAUGAGUCUCAGACCUGGUUCACCUUGCGAUAAUUUUCAGGGUUACUGCGAUGUUUUCUUGAAAUGCCGAGCCGUCGAUACGGAAGGACCGCUUGCGAGAUUGAAAAACCUGUUGUUCAACAAAGAAACUUUAUCCUCGGUGGCGCAAUGGAUAACUGAAUUUUGGUGGGCGGUGUUAUUAAUGGGUAUAGCUUUCAUCAUAUUUAUGGGAUUGUUUAUCAAAUGUUGUGCUGUGCACAUUCCUUCCACUAAUCCUAAAAAGCCGCCUGCGAGGCGCAUCAGUGAUACAUUAACAAGACCAAUGAAUACCCUUAGAAGAAUGCGACAUCCGCAUGGUGGUGGUGGAGCUGGGCCAAGAAGUAUACCUCCAAGACCAAGUCAAGGUGGACACGGAUCGCGUGGACCCUCUCAUGGUUAUGGGGAGGGUAGAGGUGCUCAAUAUUAUCCAAAAGGAUAUCGCUCGGUUCCCACAGCUAGUGCGCCACCAAGUAGCGGGUCAGCAGACAAUUACGGCCGUUCCAAUCACCCAGAGUUGUAUGCCGGGGCCUAUUCGGGCUCCGGUGGAGGGGGGAGGAGUGCAGCAUAUGAGAUGAGACAUCACAACAAGGUGUGACGAUCCUAGGACGUCGUCACGGACGAGGACCACCAAUCGCGGCGUUGCACCACGAGUCGUUGUGUAGAACGAUUGCCAAAUUCGAAGAGAACCGAUCCACGUAAGGGACGAUGUCUCCUAACCGAGGUCGAAGCAAUAAUGACGAGUUACAGCACAAUGUUCGAACAGAUUGAGAGGUCCGGCGAUAUAUACUCUUUUACCUGAGUUGUGUAGAAUUCAUAUAAAAAGCCGCGCGUAGAUACAAAGAAAGUACGCAUCGGUGAUCAAAUCGAUCUCUCAUUUUGUAUCGGUUUGGUAGAUGUAAUUUCGCGAAAAUGAACGUUGCGAACGGCGAUUCGGAAGAUUGACCGGAGUCACGAUAAUGAAGUAAUAACGAAUUAUAUAAUAGAAAUCGUGAGUACCGAGAAUUUUAUAUGUAAUCUUUUUUAUGUAGCACCAAUGCCGCGUCUUUCGCAUCGCCGUUCAAAAAUCUCGUCGCAUGAUCAAAUUUUAGAAUGCUUCGCCAGUGAAGGUGAUAUUGUUAUAUGAUCAAAGUAAUUUAAAUCGAUCCAACGUGUGAUUCAUUUCGCUUUAAUGAUCAACGCUGUAUUCGCAGAGCGAUGAACGCGACGGUGUUAAAAAGAAAAGUGUCGCUCGCAUCUUCGUCCCUUGCCACUACGAAGAUUUAAGGUCAAGAUCGUAUGGUCUUUGUGUGACGGCGUCCCUCGAGAUGUCGAUACUUCGUGCAUGUCGCUCUCGAAAGUUAGAUUAAGAGAAUUUCUAAGACCUUGUUUGUUAGAAAUCAAACAAGUUAGCGUGGGAAAUUGGCAAUAAGACAAUAUAUGCCCUUUGGUAAACGGUAAGCGCAUGUAAAUGAGUUUUCCAAAGGCGGUUUGUUGUAUUCAUAUUUCGUUUACAACUAUAGAGUAAAGAGUCAUCGUUUUAAUUAGAUCAAAAUUUUAUCGUGAAACAAUAAACGAUCUAAUUUACUUAUUUUUAAAAUUUGAUACGCGAUUGAAUUGCAGCAGAUAAAUUACAAUAUAGGCAAGAAAAUUAGGACUAUUGUGUAUAAACUAUCAUCAUGUACACACAGUUAUUUUUUUAUUUGCAAUUUUACUAUUAUUUUAAACGGCUUUCUGGAGCGAAAUGACACCCUACCAUUACCAAACCAUUACAGGUCAUUUACUUGAUCUCUGUACCAUUGUAGAAUAAUAAUUAACGAUAUGUAUUAUUCUUAUACUAAUUUGUAUAUUAGCCAAUUUUGAAGUGAAGAUAUGCGAGAUUGCGAAGGGUAUAAGAGCAGCAACAACAAAAUGAUGCGUUUCUAGCGAUUAUUCCAUUAACUAUUACACGUGAAUGAAAAUGAUAUUGAUUAUUAUUAAGCUAUGCUGAUUAUUAUUAUUAAUUAGUUAUAUCUUGCAGAUGAUAAUUUAUCUCCGCCUAUUGCGAAUGUUAUAAGUUAUAUUUAAUUAAAAAAACGAGUUUUAUAUAACAUGCUAUAUUAAGUCGGGGGCUGCACCGUAAACACGCAAUUAUGCGUAUAGCGGACCAAAGAUGAGCCCUCUUAUCGAAACGCGCGACAUGUUAUAUUAUAUAUAUAAAAAGUAUAUAUAUACAUAUAUAUAUACAUGGGCUCACACACGUACACAGCUGCAUACUCGUAAGCGAGAAACACUAGAUCGGUUCUUAUCCUCGAGGUGAAUCGUAUCUGGUACUGUCAACCCGUUAUCGAUACGAUUAAUGCACUUCCCUUCUCUAAAACGCCAAAUCUAACGAACGAGUUCUUUUUUCGCGUGUCUCUUAUCAACGUUUUUAUGCAACAGGUAACAAACGUUGCGAUUGGUGUCCGUUCCUGUUUGAAUAUAUUCCAUUUACAAUGAAUAAUAACGCAAGUAUACGCGAUAUUUAAAUUAGCGGUAACAAAUCGAAUUAAAUUGUCUCAAAGAAAAGCUGUGUGCUAGAGAUUAAAUUUAUUUCUUUUUAUCUAAUUAGAUUUUUAUGAUAUGUUUUUAUUACUUUUAUGAUUCAUACUUUUAAUGUAACGAACGAACAAAUGCAAUUUUUGCAAUAUAAGAUUAAAAAGCAGAUUAGCUUUGCAAGGUUUCAUCAAUUUCCUUAUUAUUACAUAGAAUCGUUCAUAUAGCAGAGCAUUUAUCUUUUAAAUUUCAGUGCAGAUAAAACAAUAAUGACACAAAUGUUUAUAUUGUUUUUGUAAUAUUAUAAACAAAAUGAAACUAAAACUUUGGAAAUUUGGCAUUAAUCUUUGUUUUUCAGUCAUGUAGAAAUUCGUAGAGUAUAAAUAAUCGGAAUUCAAUCGCAUUUUUAAAUAUCGAUUAGUGUGAUCAAUAUAUCUCUAUGUCUAUUCGCGAUUGAAUUACAGCUCCUCUGCGUUGUAACUUUAAGACUGUGUUUUAUCUACGCGGAAAGUUGGAUAUAAGAGAUGCAAGAAACGCGAAACGCGAGGAGGUGCCAGCAAAGACGCUAUAAAUACGAGUUUGCGGAUCGUGUGGAAAUGUACAAUAGACGCAAUGUGAUUAUUAGAUGGAUUAUGAGGUCUUGUGAGGAAAAAAAUAAGCGAAAGGAAUUACGAGAAAAAUGGGACGGAAAGUAAAAGUUUUUUGGGCGCGUACGAGAAAAUAUUGUGAGAGACUACGAAAGAGAUAAAUCGCGAGUGUGUGUAUAUCUGUGUAAAUAUACCGAUAUUAUAAAAUGAUUAUAUAACCAUAACAGAUGGUAAAGCGAAUACAAAAAAUACUUGUUUUUAUAUCAGAUCUGUAUUAUAGCGAAAUAUUAUUCUGUAUUUUGUAAUCAGAACGGAAGUUUAAGGAUGACGUGCGAGUGUCUGUACGUGCGUGUAAUCGAGCCUCUAGGUUUUUAAGUAUGAGUUUCUUUGGUGAUCCAUCGUGGACCGGAGAAAUCCGAACGAUCAACGUUAUUUAGGAAAUUUUGAGAUUUCUUGCGUAUAGGCAAAAAAAAAAAAAUUCGUUUGACCCCAUUCGCCGCCGCUCGUGACAUUAUUAAAGAAUUUAGUCUGUUUUAAUGCGAGCAACAAUCCGUGACGAUCCACGGAUGAGAUUUUACUGCCAAUGAACGUAGCCAGGUGCAAUUUUCGAUUGAUUUUAAUGCGUUAUAGUAUAUCGCUAGAAAUGUUUUCUGCCAAUAAAUAAAUGUUAAUUAUGUCUUCUGAUGCCACAUGAUGAUAACGUAAAUGCUUUAGAGAGUCAUCAAAUAAAGAAGACUUUUUAUACGUCCUUUUUUAAAUUUUAUUUUAUGCGGAAGAGAGAAGCUUUUCCAUAUGUUAAAGAAAAAGUACGAAAUAACGUCGUUCGAGGAGUUAUCGAGAGAAUCUCUGAGUAGUCAUUUCGUUCCGAGCCACUGCCAUUUGACGAGCAAUCUCGAGGUAGUUAGAACUUGCCUUCGGAACGAGCUGACGUCCCGAUUGAACGUUAUCGGUACGCGAAAACUACUUUUGCUUCCAUUUCACUGCCACUACCAUUUCGAAUGACUGAACUGUUAUGAUCAAAGAGAUCGCAGGUACAAAUUUGUACGUGACAUAAUGGAGUAUCCAAAGAUGAUAAAAUAGAAAGCAAUGCCUCGUUACGUUCCAAAAAAAGCCUAAAGAGCGAGCGUGAAAUGGGGUCAGAACGUAGUUACUAGUUGACAAUGAAGUCGCUUGCGCGCGUACGAAAGGAUUAGUAAGAAAUAAGGAUAAAUUCUCUUUCAUCAUUUGUCCCAGACCUCUAACUACAUAUGCUUAAGCUUAUUCGUUUCCGCGGCAUCUGGAUUAAGAUGCGAUUUUAAUCCUCCUCCCUGUGGUAAACGAAUUUCCCCUACAGUUCGUUGCAGUAGUGUCAAGUCACCGUUAUAAAUCAUAUUGAUAACAAUAACGAAAGCGAAAUCUUCAAAGGCCAUUGUAAUUGGCAUGUGCCGUACACCGAUCUUAAUCCAGAACCGCAUUACUGUGACGCGAUGCACACACAACACACUACUCUAUCACUUGUACAUAAUAUUAGAGAAGGAAAGAACAAAAAGAAAAUCGAAGAUUAUAUUUUUUCUAUCGAUCCAAAAACGUGGUGACCUAUCAACAUCGUGCAUCCGGGAUUAUUUAAGCGUAAUUUCGUGCCCCUUUGUACCAAAUCACCUUCGCGAACGACGAGUUGUCCCCUCCCCUUGCCCCUGAGAGGAGUCAUAUGUUUUUUAUUUAAAGUGUUACUUGGAUAUCACAGAACACCAAGUGGCCCUUAUGUUCGUGCCGUAUCUAUACUUUUAGUCAGUGAUGCGUUGAAUGAUGCGUUCCUGAGAUGUAUCUCUUUAUUGUAAAUUAUUAUAACCGAGCAUGAUACUGACCAAUCGCUGAACGUAGCUUCAGACCACCACUCUCUCUUUUCCCAAAAUGUCUAGAAUGCGGCGAGUGUUUUAAGGAUAUUAUAAAUAAAAGAAUUAUGAUUGUGAAUAUCUCUUGUGUUACGUUAAUGUGAUUAAAAGAGACAAAACAUUGUAAAGAAUUAAAUAAAGCAUACAUUUUACAUUUA